AUUUGUUCUUCAACCACAGUAGACUUUAACUGGAGAACUGCUGAAAUUGAAUGUGGACCUUUUAUAAGGAUUUCUGCAACUUUACAUGUGCAGCAAGUCUGUUUUCAUCAGCUGUCUGUAACUGAGGUUUAUUUCAUUAAUGGAUCAGGUCAAAGGGUUGUAUCCCCCUUACUGAAGCCCCAUCCACAUGACUGGCCAAUGCACCAUGAGUGUGUGUAAUUGCAGUGCUUUCUACCUGCGUGGGUGGUUACUGGGGGCUCUCUCCCUGCUGGCUGCCAUGCAGCUGUCGUCUGCUGACUGCCCCAAAUCAUGUGUGUGUCAUAUUCCCACUGAAGUGCACUGCACCUUCAGAUAUCUGACCACAGUACCUGACCAUUUCCCACCAGAUGUGGAAAGAAUUAACCUCGGGUACAAUGGUAUAACUUUCUUGAGAGAAAAUGAUUUCUUGAGGCUUGAGAAGUUGCAGCUGCUGAUGCUGCACAGCAACACUAUGCACAGUAUUGAGGACAGAGCCUUCAGAGACCUCAGGUCUUUACAGGUCCUGAAGAUGUCACAUAAUAAAAUAAAGGAAAUAAAUAAAAAGAUGUUUAAAGGCCUGACCAAUCUACAGAGACUCCACAUAGACCACAAUCAAAUAGAGUUUAUCAACCCAGAGGCUUUCUAUGGCCUGACAAAUUUGCAGCUGGUCCAGCUGGAGGGCAACCAACUACAGCAGCUCCACCCAGACACAUUCAUCACAUUGAGACACAGCCAGCUUUUCAAGGUGUCCUCACUAAGAAGCAUCCACUUGUCAGACAAUCUUCUUAGCACUCUGCCUGCUGAUAUUUUCCUAGGCUGCAGUCAGCUAGAGAACCUCUUCCUCCACGGCAACCCAUGGAGAUGUGAUUGUAGGAUGAAGUGGUUCUCAGUUUGGACACAUAGGAAUACUGGUGUGCUGAAGUGCAAGCGAGACAGGCAAGGCCAGCUAUGUCCUGUUUGUGAAACUCCUGCCCCUCACCGCAGUCAACUUCUAUUCAUUCUCCACCGAGAUGCUUUUACUUGUACCAAGCCCUGGAUUAAUUCACAUCUCAAACUGAAAAACAUAAGCUUGGAGGAAGGAGACUGUAUUCCAGUUUAUCCCAAGGACUUUAUUGCCCCAUUAGGGUCCAUACAGAUGAACCUGACCGACCAGUUUUACAAAGAUGCCAGGUUAAUGUGUACAGUCCAGAUGCCUACUGCUUUUGAAAACCUGACACAAACUGCAACAGAGGACAAGGAAAAGAAUGUGACAGGGCUUUCCACAGGUAUCACUACUUAUUUGGUGUGUAACGUUGACCAUGAAGACAUCCAGCAGCUGUGGCAGAUCUUGGCCACUUACAGUGACUCUCCUAUGAGGCUCGAGAGAGGUAUAAUGCUGGCCAGAACACCUGAAAUGGUCUAUAGAUACAGUCAGAAAAAAGAUGGAGACAAAGAGAUUACAACAAACAUUAAAGCUGAUAUUAAAACGACUCCUGCAUGGUUAAUGCAAGGAGAAGUGAGCCUCCAGCUUGACCGCACUACAACCACCUUUUCUACAUUGCAUAUUAAGUACCAGUCUAUAGUCAGCUUACAUUUUGAAGCUAUACCCUCAAAGAAGGAUCCCUUUUCUUGGACCAUGAUCAAAAGAGACAAUCAAACCAAGACGGAGCACACUGUGAUUACAGGUGGUGUGGCAAAGCUGAGCUGUCAAAUCCAAGGUGAGCCAAAGCCUCUGAUGGAAUGGAUUUUACCAGAUGGAAGUAAAGUACGAGCUCCUUUUCACAGUGAGGACAGAAGAAUCAUAAUCUCUGCUGAUGGGGUACUAACUCUUCGUGGUGCUGAUGCCUCUGACACUGGCCUCUACUGGUGCAUUGCCACAAACUACUUGGAUGCAGAUGUCCUCACAUUUCGGAUCACUGUUCUUUCUGUCAACGUGGAAGAAUCUGAGAUUAAUGGUCUUUGGCUCUCAAAGUCAGUUGGUGAAAAUCUUAAACUUGACUGUAGUUCCUCUGGAAGUCCGGAGGGCUCUGUUUCAUGGAUUCUCCCUGACCACUCAGUACUGGAGAAGUCUCAAGCAAAUAGAAAGGUGUAUGAGAAUGGUACAUUGCUGAUUCAACACCUCACAGCCAGGGACCGAGGAUUUUAUAGGUGCUUGGUUGCUAAUCCCUUGGGAAUUGAUUUACUUGUGUCUCAGUUGAUGCUUUCCGAAGAAAGGAUUGAGGCUGGGACAGCUUUGAAUAGCGAAGGAUCAAGUAAGUUAAUGGACACCAAGAUGGAUUCCAGCUUGGAAGAUCAUCAGGUCAACCUCAAUGAGAACACUUCUUCUGCUCUUGUGGAAAUAAUGAGUCAGGAAUUCAGGACUGUCACCUCAGCUCAUCCCCACCCUAGACUACGAUUACAGGGAAGAGGAAAUUCUCAAGGUAGAAUGGGACAAAGAAGGAGGGGAGCAGGUCACAACAGACACAUCUGGAGUAGUAGGAUGUUUGGUAAAGCUUCCAGGAGGGUAGACCCACAUAAAUUUGCUGAAUUUAUGAAAAAAGCUCAUAAUGGACCAAAAAUAAAGACUAGCACAAUAAAUGAGAUUGCCAAAAAUGACAUUCGACACCCUGGUUCUUCUGGUGAUGAAGAAAUCGGUUCUGGUGGGGGCUAUGAAGAAGAGCACCUCAUUGUUGCCACAUUGACAGUGAAACCAACCACAAAAACUGUGGAGCCAUUUAAGCAGUCUGAUUCCUCACAAAUAAAGCCUAUGUUCACACAUCUACCAAGUCAAUUUGAGACAACAGAGUUUUACCCACCGGAAAGAACCAGUAGGCCACCUCCAAAUCUGGACCAUGUUACCCUGCAGCUUAGCAGGCCUGAUAAUAAACAAGUAACUCAGCUGAAGUUUUUGGGAGAACAAACUGCAGAGAGAGAAACAGCCACAGAUGUAGCAAUCCAAUCAACUACAGACCCCAAUGUUACUCCAAUAUUGGAUGAUCUGGAUCCAGUGGGCCUUGUCCUACACACAGACACAGAAAGCCAGAUGACAUUUACAGCAAUUACUACCACAGACAAAGGGAAAGACAUAAUCACCUUUCAUACUACCCAAACAAUAAAGUCCCCACAGCUGUCUGCAGGCUCCACUAUUAUCUCCCAACAACAGAUCCAGAUAAUUCCACGCAAGAGCAACCGAGGAAAAGGUGGCAGGAGGACUCCGUAUGGCCGGAGGAGGUUAAUUAAACCCAACAGGAUCAAUGACAUACAGCAUUUUAUCAAUCGAUUUAAACAGCCAACUGUAAAGAAGGAAGAAAACACCACAGAUUGUGACUGUGAUGAAAACAGGAAGGCAGGGAUCACUCAUGUGCAGCUCAGCGCUCCAACACCUUCUUCCACUUCAUUUUUAAGCAAAACAGAAAAGCCUACUUCUACACAAACUGCAACUUCUCUGACAAAUCGUUACAUCACUGCAAAUGCCCCCUUCAGACGCGACCAGUCUAGAUCAGAGGCUUCCACUGAGUAUAUUGCAUCAGCUGAGGCCUCAGAAAUUGAUCCAACAAUCGGUCCAUUUUUCACCACAAAAAAAGAACAGUUAAUUACCACCACAAAGCUUACCCCAACUAAAUAUAAGAUUUUUCAUGGAAAGAUUCCAUGGAACAGGCUAUUUGAACGCAGAGAAAGGGGAAAGAUCCUGAACAAAUUAAAAAAGCCAUCCAUUUCACCAAAACCAACAGUUCAGACUUCAUCUGGAACUACACCACCUGCUGAUGUGACCACCACGAUGACAAUCUUAAAAGGCAUUAUUUCGACUAUGUCACCAUCCAAAAGCACAAACAGCAAAGGGAGGUUAUUAGUUGACUAUGAAGGUUUACCAUCUGGAGAUUUUGAGUUUACAACACUUGGACUGAACACAGCUGAAACGGCAGCAAAAAUACAGACCCUUCCUUCUCCUCCUACUGUCGACCAACAUUUAGUUGACAAUUCUGAUGAAGUGUUAACAUCAGGGUCUGGAGGCUUUUCUGAUAAUCAAUAUGUAAUCAGACAGAGCUCUGGUGGGAGAAGAAGACAACACGGACGAAGAAAUAAGCCUUUUGGGGGCAGGCGGGUUUUCAGGAAACCAAAAAUUACUAAAGGCAUUUCUAAGACAUCUGUGGCUUUGACUGCAGAUAUUACAACUCAGAAAAAUGCGAUUGAUGAAACCACCCAAUUUGUAUCAUUUUACAGUUCCAUUUACACAUUUCCAAACGCUCACCCUACAACUACUUUGAUACCAAGAACCACCAAACAACCACAUACAACCGCUCAGACCAGAGUCAGCAAUGUCACACCCCCAAUGAGGGGAAAUAAUACUAACACCCCUCGCAAGACACUAGACAGGAUAAUCAAACCUACAGCGUAUAGUAGCAAUGCAAGGGGUAAUGCAGAGAAAGAACAUAUGACCAUAUUUACAGCAGAGGAAAAUUAUGCCUCCGCUGCAACAGCUCCUCGACUAAAACCCACAACAGAGCCCAUGAGGAGCAAACCAAAGAUAGUCGGGGGAAAUGCAGCAAGCUUUACUGUUUUGUCCAAUUCAGAUGCUUUCCUCCCCUGUGAGGCUGUUGGAAACCCACAUCCAGUGACAACCUGGAAACACUUCACAAUUACAGGAAAGACUAUUACCAUCAGUGAAAAGAUGGGCAAGUUUGUGGUGUUGAACAAUGGAACCCUAACCAUCAAAAAUGCUAAUAUUAAGGACCAAGGCCAGUACCUUUGUCUAGCUGAGAAUGGUCAUGGAUCGGACAAACUACUUGUCACUCUCUCUGUGGUAGCCUACCCCUCACGCAUCCUUGAGCCAAAAAUGAGAGAGAUGAAAUCUCAUACGGGUGACAGAGUGGAGAUGAAAUGUAAAGCUGAAGGCCGGCCUUUGCCUAUGAUUUCUUGGAUCUUGGCAAACAGGACCCAAGUUAGGGGUCAAAACACAGAGAAAGGAAGGGUAUUAGUAUCUUCUGAUGGAACUCUUGUUAUAAACCAUGUGUCUAUUUAUGAUAGAGGCUAUUACAAAUGUAUUGCCAGUAAUCCAGCUGGAGCCGAUACAGCUGCUGUACGCCUGCAGGUGGUUGCAGCACCACCGGGAAUUGUGGAGCAGAAACGUCAGCAGCUGAAAGCCAGGUUGAGUCAAAACUUGUGGCUAUCUUGCACCAGCUACGGCACUCCACAUCCCAGCAUUCAUUGGGUCCUCCAUGAUGGAACAGUGGUCCGAUCUAAUAAACAUACAAGUGAAAAAAGGAUAUCAGUGUUUGAGAAUGGAACCCUGUUCAUUAAAGAUGUGAAUCCAGAAGAUAAAGGAAAAUAUGAAUGUAUUGCUACCAGCUCCACUGGUUCAGAGCGAAGAGUAGUUACUCUGUCAGUAGAAAAACAAGAGUAUCCGCCUGAGAUAGUGAAGACAUCUCAAAAUAUGACAGAGCUAUCUUUUGGGGAUCAGUUGAGACUUAACUGUUUAGCAACAGGAGACCCUAAACCGAGGAUUCUCUGGAGGCUACCUUCUAAAUCGGUUGCUGACCAUUGGCACAGGAUUGACAGCAGAAUUCAGGUCUUGGAUAAUGGAACUCUUGUUGUCAACACAGUAAGUGACAACGAUGCUGGAGAUUAUCUUUGUGUGGCACAAAAUACAAUUGGAGAUGAUCUUCAGCUCAUGAGGGUCACAGUAUCGAUGAAGCCAGCCAAAAUUGAGCCUAAGUUUAAUAGGAGAAAACAGGUUCACUAUGGUAAAGACUUGAAAGUAGACUGUAAAGCCUCAGGAGCACCAAAGCCUGAAAUCUCUUGGGGCCUACCAGAUGGUACUGUGGUCAACAGUGGUUUGCAGGCUGAUGCUGGACAUGGAGGAGGACGAACACGUCGCUAUACAUUGUUUGAAAAUGGAACUUUGUAUUUGAACCAGGUUAGCCCUUCUGAGGAGGGUGACUAUACUUGCUAUGCUGAAAACCAGGUGGGAAAGGACGAGAUGCAUGUUCACAUUACUGUGGUGGCAACUGCACCAAGAAUACGUCUGCCAAGCCAAACUUAUGCUAGGGUGAAGCCUGGAGAAAAUAUUCGCUUUGACUGUGAAACAUUCGGGGAGCCCAAACCAAAGAUUUUAUGGAGGCUACCUAACAAUGAUGUAAUAGCAGCAUCAAAUGAACGCUACUUAAUACAUGUCAAUGGUUCACUGGAUAUAAGAGAUGUGAAGCUUAUUGAUGCAGGGGAGUAUGUGUGCAUGGCUCGCAAUCCUGGUGGAGAAAACCGAAAGGUUUAUAAGUUAGACAUUGAUGGGAAUCCCCCAGUCAUCAAUGGCUACCAUCAGAACAGGACAGUUAUCAAGGACGUGGCCUUGAAACACUCCAGGAAACUUUUAGACUGCAUUGCUGAAGGUGACCCAACACCAACUGUCACUUGGAUUAUGCCUGAUAAUAUAUUUCUUUCAGCACCAUACUUUGGCAGCAGGGUUAAUGUCCAUCUUAAUGGGACGCUAGAGAUUCGGAAUGUGCGACCCACUGAUACUGCAGAAUUCAUUUGCUUGGCGAGGAAUGAUCGGGGAGAGGCAGUUAUGGUAGUGCAACUGGAGGUUACCAACAUGCUCCGUAGGCCAAUCUUUAAGAACCCUUUCAAUGAACGUCUUGUGUCUCGGAUUGGAAAAACAGCCAUUCUGAAUUGUUCCGCAGAUGGACAACCAAUGCCUGAGAUCAUUUGGACUUUGCCUAACGGAACACGAAUUACUAUUGGAUCCAGGCACAGCUUUCGUCAUCAACCAGGUGAUGAUGGGACUUUAGUAAUUUAUAGCUCUCGUGAAGAAGAUUCUGGAAAAUACCGCUGUGGGGCCAGGAAUUUACUGGGUUAUAUAGAGAAACUAAUCAUUUUGAAUAUUGGGGAGAAGCCUUACAUUUUUACAAGGCCCAAGGGCAUCAUACGCAGUAUUUCUGGGGAACCCCUGUAUCUUCACUGUCUAUCUGAUGGAAGUCCCCGACCAAGAAUCUACUGGACAAUUCCUGGUGGUCACACUUUUACUCAUCCUCAAAUACUUGGUCGCUACCAUUUGCUAGAGAAUGGUACUCUGGUUGUUCAUGACUCUAGUAUCCAUGACAAAGGAAACUACAUCUGCAGGGCUCAUAAUAAUGCUGGGGAGGCACAGAUUACCGUUCCUGUUUUUGUCAUUGCUUACCCUCCACGGAUCACUACAGGACCACCUCCUAGACUGAGGGCAUUAAGUGGAACACCUUUAAAGCUCAACUGCGCUGCGACUGGAAUCCCAAAGCCAGAGAUCACCUGGGAACUUCCAGAUAAUUCAAUUCUUUCAGCAGCAAAGCAAGGACAGCCUAUGGGUAGUGAGCUGUUUCACCCUCAGGGCACACUUGUCAUCCAGAAACCAUCUUCUUCAGACUCUGGCCAAUAUAAAUGCUCAGCCAUAAAUUACCUAGGUGCAGACUCAAAAGUCACAAUUGUUCUUAUACUUUGAGGGAAAAUGGUACAUUUAAAUCAACACUAAGAAAAAUCAAACCACAUAUUUUUUCUGUGCUUAAUUACGGGUGGAUUGUUUGAGUCUUUGAGCCUAGGAAAUAUUAAUAGGGCUCGAAAAAUAAAAGAAUACAGUUUUUUUUGUAUCAAUUAAGUUUAUAAGUCAUGUCUUACACUGGAGACAUAUCUGCGAGGGCAGACCACGUUUUCAAAACAGAAUUGGAUUUCUUUAGGUUUUGUGUUUUUUACAUAUAUAAAUGACUAAUAAUGAUUGCCGAUAUUUAAAAAUAACACACAAGAGAGCAACAGAAAAUUACAGUAUUACCUACAAUAACAGUAUCUUUCAAAAAAUCUCAGAACAAUAAAUUGAAGCAUAAACAUGGCCAAUGUGUUAUUUCUUUUUUAUGGGUUCCAUAAUUAACUUCUGAACUUCAUAGACUGGGAUAAUACAAACAUUUAAUGAAGGUCUUAACCUUUAUCUGCUGAUUUUACUGUGUUCCUGCAAGCUAAAACAGCCAACAGAAAUAGGAAAGAAGGACAAGCCAGAAUUGUAUAAUAUAGAUAUGUUUAUAAAUUAAUAAAAGCUUUUAUUUAGGUAUCAGGUACCAGGGUCCCAAUCAGAGCAUUUUUCUGGAGAAAUUCAGCUCCAGGUGUCUGUGGUCAGCUGCAACCCUAGGGAAAUGCAGUAGUGUUUUGCUUCCAUAGUUGGUAUAGGCUAGUGCCUCUUCUUAAAUUACUUGAAUCAUUAUCAUAUCACUAUAAAACAGUUAUAUCUACUCUAUUGUUUAGGACUUAGACAAAAUGUGUUUUUUUAAUAUUAUUCUUUCAAUCAUUUCUUAAAGUUGUAUGUAAUAUCAUGGAAGGUUUCUCUCAGAAAUAUUGCCCUCCUUUCUACAAUCCCUACUAAGCAUGUUUCAAAGCUUGAAGGAUGCUAAAUACUGUUACUAUGUUGGAAAAAAAACUAAUAUACAUUGACUUGACCAAUGCUCAUCAGCUGUAUUGAGCAAACAUCUGGUCAGCAGUAACUUAUCAAAUGUGCAUUUUCCAAUAAAUCAGUUUUUGAUGGGUCAGGCAAAGCUUUAUUUCCAAAGUUUUGUGUCAUUCCAGAGCAGUGCCUAAUGAGCCAGGCAAAUAAAGAGAAAAGGGGAAUUGACCUCCAUAAACUGUGGAAUGCAGAAUACGUGCUUCAAGAUUGGCAGGAAAAGUCCUUUCAUUAGCUGAACAAUAUUCAGACAAAAAUUAAAGUAGUUAACCAGGCAUCACAUUGUUGCAGAUAGUUUAUUAUUCACAAAAUGGGGCCUCUUUGGAGAGCGUUUAGUUUAUUUCUUUGGUUCUGUAAUUUCAUUUCUUAAGGUAGGAUGUAGUUUAUCUUAGCAUGACUUGAAUAUUUAUGAGAAUUAUUUACUGGUAUAUUUACUACAACUAAAGAGGCAGAUAUUUUUAAAAAGCUAUACCAAAAGCUGGAAUAAGCUUAUGUUUUUCAACAUCUUACUACCUCUUACUACUUUCUUGACAUAAGUUAAGUUAAAGUGCCGUCUCUCCUUGGUAUUCUAGCGAAAGCACAUGUACAGUUUUUCAUUAUUGAAGCAGACCUUGAAGACUGUUUAACAAAACUUUAGAGUGUCUGGCAAAAGUAUUAAACUGUUUUAAUAAACUGUUGAACUGUUUCACA